ACUCAUGGUUUGCAGAGACACAGACAGAGACAGACAGACAGCAGCAGGAUGAGCAGCAAGAGCAGGACUCAGACCCACGCGGGAGGAGUGAGUGGAACAGGAAGCUCCCCACGUCAGGAAGGACGCGGCCACACAUGAGCGACAGUGACAGGAGUCAUUCUGCUGAGGACAGGAGACGUAUCAAUAAUUCCCCUCACGUGGAGCUUACAAUUCCCCCCUUUAUGAUGAUGAUGCCUGGGAUUUCUUUUCGCUACUGACGGAAGAAAAUGCAGAAGUGACACUUCAAAGUAGUAAAUGAGUUUUGUGGAUUGAACCAGCAGCCCAAGGACCAAACACUGAAGAUCCAGCGAGCAAACAAAAUGAAAUCUUUGCAAACUUGCAGCGUCUGAAUCAUGGGGAAUGUCGAGAGUCAGAUUGGGGACCACGGCCUCUAUGGUAAUGAGCGUGGCUAUUUGUCACGCAAACACAUGUCCCGGUCUCUUCGCAUCUCCAACAAGCAGUCUAGACGCCCUCGACAUGCCUCAUCUGGGAAAAUAGAGCACAGAAACUCUGAGACAAGCACGCGCUCAAGUAGCACCCCCAGCAUCCCACAAUCCCUAGCAGACCAUGGCCUGGAACCCUUCAAUGAGACAAACAUCCUCCCAGACUUUGGAAGCCCCAUUUGGGUGGAUCGUGUGGCCAUGAACCUGCGACCCGUGUCCUUCCACAAUGACCUGGCCAAUCCGUCCGUGCACAUGAAUGCAAUGCACAUAACUCUACCCGGGCCCACCGCAGAGGAGGCGCAGGAGGAUGUUUACACAGGGGAGGUAACUUACCUGCAGAAAACCCGAGAGGGCACCAAAGAGACAAUCGUCUUCAAAAAGAAAAGGUCCAAGUCUGCAGACAUGUGGCGGGAUGACAGCCUGGAGUUCUCCCUGUCAGACCUCAGCCAAGAGCAGCUGACCAGCACAGAAGAAAUCAUAGACACAGCCAAUGAGAGAGACUUUACUGACUGUGAGGGAAACUUGCAGUCCAGCCCCACAGACUCUACGGACAGGGCAAACUCUUUGGAAGAGCUGUACAGGCAGAAGAGCCCAGCCCGCAGGCAACCCCAUGGCCGCUAUGCCAAGUGGCACAAUGCCAACAGGGCUGUCAGGGAGGGAGAGGACGAUAAGAUGCUUUCCCCAUCAGAGGAGGACGGCAACAGUUACAGUGCAUUUACUCUUCCCUGCAGGCGUUCCCACUGCCUGUCUGAAGGCCUGAACAGCCACCAAGCCGCCAUGUGUGCCAGUAUGCAGGGCAAGAGGGCGCAGACUAUACAGGAUGUCACAGCUGGGGAGGGCAGCGAGUACGAGGACAGCGGUAUCGAUGGCGUGACGGUGGAACCACAGCACCAGUCCAGACGCUACAAGACCAUGUCGGCAUCCUUCUCCGUGAGCUCAGCGCACGGGAGGAGCAUGUUCGCCGGCAGCGACAGUGGCAGCAGCAGCGGCGGAGGGCCCAGCGAGUGCGUGCAGGGCGUCUACGAGAACUUCCGCCAGGAGCUGGAGAUGAGUUCCUGCCAGACGGAGAGUGUGGAAGAGGCUGGGUCUGCCUUAAGUGAUGAGCAGAGCACCAUGAGCUCCGCCUACCAGUCUGACCCGUUGCUCAGUGUCGCUCAGGGAAUGGUGCGGAAAGCUGGCAGGCUCGCCGUCAAGAACUUCCUCGUACACAAAAAGAACAAGAAAGUGGAGUCAGCCACAAAGCGCAAGUGGAAGAGUUACUGGGUUUCCCUCAAAGGUUGCACUCUGUUCUUUUACGAGACUGAUGGCGGUUUAGGUAUCGACAACAGUAGUAUUCCCAAACAUGCCAUCUGGGUGGAGAACAGUAUUGUUCAGGCUGUACCAGAGCAUCCCAAAAAGGACUUUGUGUUCUGUCUCAGCAACUCCCUGGGAGAUGCUUUUCUGUUCCAGACCUGCAGCCAGACGGAGCUGGAGAACUGGAUCACAGCCAUCCACUCAGCAUGUGCCACUGCUGUCGCCCGCCAGCACCACAGAGAGGACACGGUCCGGCUGCUGCGCGCUGAGAUGAAAAAGCUUGAGCAGAAGAUCGACAUGGACGAGAAGAUGAAGAAGAUGGGAGACAUGCAACUGUCUGCCGUCACUGACACCAAGAAGAGAAAGACGAUCCUGGAUCAAAUCUUCCUUUGGGAGCAGAACCUGGAACAGUUUCACAUGGAUCUGUUCCGCUUCAGGUGCUACCUGGCCAGCCUGCAGGGAGGAGAGCUGCCCAACCCAAAACGCCUCCUGGCCUUUGCCUCCCGCCCCACCAAGCUGGCAAUGGGCCGACUGGGUAUUUUCUCAGUCUCUUCCUUCCACGCAUUGGUGGCGGCACGCACAGAGACUGGAGUGCGGCGACGGGCACAUGCCAUGUCUCGCUCCUGCAGCAAGCGCAAGAGCAGGUUCUCCUCGCUCUGGGGUCUGGACACUACUUCGAAGAAAAAGACAAAAGCCCAUCCCACUAUCACCCAGGUCUUUGCUGAUGGCAGUGAUUCAGUGAACCAGCCUGUAGAUGGCACACAUUUUAAUCCUACUACGGAACACAGAAAAAAUGAGGAGGGAACUGUGAAAAGUCUUCCACGGCCCAGCACAGAGAGUGACAUCUGGGUCCCUGACCACCUGACCCCCUCCUGGGUGUGUCUGCCAAAUGACCAGCCGGUACUAGCCAUCAUCCAACCAGGGGAAUCUGCACUGGGUGUUCUCGAAACCAUCUGCAAGGCUCACCAGCUCGACCCCAUCAAGCACUACCUGCGACUCAAGUUCCUGAUUGAAAACAAAGUGCAAUUCUACAUCCCUAAACCAGAGGAGGACAUAUGCGACUUGCUCUACAAGGAAAUUGAGCUCUUCUCCAAGAUAACAAAAGUAAUCCAGUUUGACAGGGAUGAAUCCUGCAUGAUUGGUUACGGUUUCUCCAUUUCAGUGGUGGAGGAGGAUGGAGUGCAGCAGCUCUACAUCACUGAUGUGAAGGCGGGUGGAUUAGCCUUCGCCAAAGGUCUAAAUGCAGGGGACGAAAUCCUCCAGCUGAAUGGAAAAGCAUCGCACAGUCUCAACUUCUCUGACAUGAAGGCGGCGUUCUCGAAAGCGUCGCUGGCAUUGACAGUCAACACCCUGCCUUCUGUGGACCGCCGUCAGCUGUGCUAUGUGCCACCGCGCCGCUCCGAUGAAGAGGAAGAUCUCUACACGGACAUCUUCUCCCAGAGUCAAGAGGAGAUCCUGGACGACGGGGUGGGUCUGUUGUUGGAGAGCUCGGGAGACAGCCUGGACGACGACUCGGAGAUAUUCAGCGAGUUUGGUUGCAGCAAACAUACCAAGCGCUCCUCAGACUCCAUCUAUGAUGUACUUCAUCUGAGCACGGAGCAGGUCGCCGCUUUCUGCCGCAGUCUCCAUGACAUGAAUCCCUCGGAGUGCGUGUCCUCGUCGCCGAGCCCGGACUCCCCCUUCCCACCUCCUGCGACUCUUCGGCAGCUCUCCGAUGCCGACAAGCUCCGCAAAGUCAUCUGCGAGCUUGUGGAGACUGAACGGACCUAUGUUAAAGAUCUCAAUUGUCUCAUUGGAAGAUAUUUGACUCCACUGCAGAAGGAGACCUUUCUCACUCAGGAUGAGCUGGAUGUACUCUUUGGGAACUUGCCCGAAAUGGUGGAAUUCCAAGUCGAGUUUCUCAAGACCCUGGAAGAUGGAACUCGACUGGUUCCAGAUCUGGAGAAGCUGGAGAGAGUGGACCAGUUUAAGAAAAUCCUCUUCUCUCUUGGUGGCUCUUUCCUGUACUAUGCAGACCGCUUUAAAAUCUACAGUGCUUUCUGCGCCAGCCACACCAAAGUCCCAAAGGUCCUCGUAAAGGCCAAAACGGACCCCGAUUUCAAGGCCUUCCUGGAAGAGCGCAACCCGAAGCAGCAGCACUCUUCCACCCUGGAAUCGUACCUAAUCAAACCCAUCCAGAGGGUGCUGAAGUAUCCGCUUCUGCUGAAGGAGCUCUACUCGCUCACAGACCCAGACAGCGAGGAACACUACCACCUGGAUGUUGCCAUGAAAGCCAUGAACAAAGUCGCCAGCCACAUCAAUGAGAUGCAGAAGAUCCAUGAGGAGUUUGGGGCUGUGUUUGAUCAGCUCAUCACUGAACAAAGUGGCGAAAAGAAAGAGGUUGCCGAUUUGUCCAUGGGUGACUUGUUACUUCACACCAGUGUGACCUGGAUCAAUCCUCCUGCCUCCUUAGGAAAAUGGAAGAAAGAGCCUCAAAUGGCCACAUUUGUGUUUAAGACUGCAGUUGUCUUUGUGUGCAAGGACGGGUCCAAGCAUAAGAAGAAAAUGGGUGCCUCCCAUCGAGUCUCCGUAUCUGCAGAUGAAAAAGACCCUUUCCGAUUCCGUCACAUGAUCCCGACUGAUGCCCUUCAAGUCAGAUCCUUAUCUAAUACAGAUGGCGAGAGCUCUGCCGUGUGCGAGAUUGUCCACAUAAGGUCAGAGUCGGAGGGACGGCCAGAGAGAGCUUUUCAGCUGUGCUGCAGCUCUCCAGAGAGUAGAAAAGACUUUCUGAAAACGGUCCAUUCAGUCUUGAGGGAAAAGCACCGCCGGCAGCUCCUGAAAACCGAGAGUUUACCCCUCAACCAGCAGUACGUGCCCUUUGGAGGAAAGCGUCUCUGUGCCCUGAAGGGAGCCCGUCCCACCAUAAAUAGAGCAGCAUCUGCUCCGACCAGGACUCUGGGCAGAAGGAAGCUCGUGCGCAACCGCUUUACAAUCGACACAGAUAUUGUUUUUGAUAUCGAACCUGAACAAGACUCCCCAAAGGAAUUCGACUCGGAUCCACUGCAGCAGCAGGAGGAGGAAAAACAAGAUCAGCAGCAGCCCGAGUUGGCAGGUGACACGGAUCGCUGGGUGGAGGAACAAUUCGACCUCGAGGACUAUGAGGAGCGGGAGGAGGUGAAGGAGACGGACAUCCUGAGCGACGACGAGGACGGCGAGUUCUGUCAGACACCCGGAGCGUCAUCUGCUGAGGCCGACCUGGAGGCCCCCGUCAUGGCUCUGUCCUUGGAAAGCGAGGACACGGAAGAAAGCGAGAGCCUCAAGUCUCCAACAGAUGACCCCGCCACUCAUAAUAUGAAGCAGAGCAGUGUAAGCAGUGACAACGUGGAGGAUCAAAAGCAAUUGGACGAAGAUGAGAUUUGGAUAAGGAGGAAUCAAUCCACUUCAUCCCCAGACUCUGAGAUAAAUGCUUGAAGCUCUCCAACAAAAAAAGAAAAAAAAAAAGUUUUAUCAGCUUUACAUUGGGCUCCAUAGAGAUCAGCCUUCACCAACAAUGCAUGAGCAUUGACGUAUUAUGUCAAAAAGCUAGUAGACGAUUAAUAUCCUUCCUUACCUUACUUUUUGCCGUCUGCUUUUUGUACAGGUAAGAUCACGAGUGGAGCAAUACAGGACUCUAGAGCGCGGGAAUGUUUUCCCAAAUCAAAUGCUGUUACACACAGGUAAAGUGUAAAAGCUUCGAGAGAUGAACUUAUGGUACAAUCAUGGAAUUUAAUCAGUGGCUUUGAUCGGCAUGGUUUGCACAUUUGGGCAGCAUUCUGUAGUCCUGCCUGCUGUUGCCAAAUCUGGGUAUUGUAAGAACAUUAAUAACCGUUUUGUCUGUGUGACUCAGAGAUAUUAUUGUUAUUAUUAUUAUAGUUAAGGGCUGAUUUGCCCUUAAAUAAAUAGAAUAAUUUAAAGGGACAGUUGUGCCGUUGCAUUGUUUACUUUACUUGUACAUUUUCACCUGGAUAUACACUGAUGUGUUUUGGGGGAACACGCUCCUUAUGUAUUAUAUUAUUAUGAGCUUUUGUUUUACAGACUUAUCUUUCAAAGUGCUUUUGUUUUCCUGUUAAAUAUAAUGGUGAAGUUCUGUAAUAGACCCCUUGUGACAAAGGCAAGGGGAUUUUUAAUUUGUCUUAACUUAACAUAAUCCUGUUUUACUUGAAUCUGCAUUUGCUGUUUCAUGUUAUUUACUGUGAAACCAUUUCCUCCCCUUUCACUCUACAGUAUUGCCAUUCAAAGACUAUUAUUUUCAUUAACAUUUCAUGUGCGCACACUCUGUCGUAGAGAAUUUGCACAUCGGUUACUUUAAAAAGGUCUUAUGUUUUCAGAACAAUUGUUUCCUGGUAAUGGAUUACAAAGCAAUGAUUUUUUUUUUUAUAAAAAAUAUUUAUUCAUUUGUAAAUUUAUUUGUCAGAAAAACACAAGUCAUUUUUUCCCCCAAAAAGAACGUCCAAAUGUGCUCAAGCAAUCAAGGGGAAAGACUUGCAUAAAGAGAGAGAAGUCAUACUUGUAAACGACUCAUUGUGCGACUAAGACUGCAUUUUUAUUACUGUGUGUAUAUAUAGAAAAAUGUAUUGAUAUCACAAUAAAUACAGUUGUUUCCUA